AUGAGUGUUUCCCCUUCUGCCUCCACUAUUUCCAGUCCAGCCUCCUCGUUCCUGUCACCCUCACCUACUACCUUAUCGAGAAUGUCAACAAACGCCGCUCAUGGUGGGUUGAUCGGAGCUCUUAACGAAUGCUUGUUCAACUCCGCCAAUACUAACAUCAACUUUUGCAAUUUCCCACUCAUAAUAACGGUGGCCCAUAAUGAUGACAAUUUCGCCCAAUUGGUGGAAACAAUCGAGGAAGUGGGAAACUUGACUCACACCGUACGUAGCAACCCUACCAAGCAUGUACAAGUCUCAUUAUUGAACUGUAAGCGGUCUGCUGUCGACGCCUUAGUUUAUAGAUUGCACGAAUUGAACUACGACUUUUCCUUUGACUACUCAAAAUUCAUCUCUCACCCGGGUAUCUUGUUCAUCAAGAAUUUGUCGAGCGAAUUGGUAUUUGAUAAUGCCGUAGACUCAACAGUAACCAUUACGCACGAGGAAUAUUCCCCCGAUUCUUUGUUCGACUUCUUACAAAAGGAAAGUUAUUUCAAGAGCUUGAAGGAAGUGAAAUUGUUCCGCAACGAAAAUUCUAGCAGUGCUUUCGCCAUAGUUAAAUUUGACAAUUAUCUCGAUGUUGACGUCUUGAUAGAAAAGUUGCACAAGUCUACCCCCAAUGCAUUCAAUACAAAUUCUACUAUUCCUUUGUUCUUCAAUAGAUAUUUGAAUAAGAGAGAACGGUACACCGCACCUCCUUCCAACGGUGCUCCACUUGCUUCAUCAUCGCCAACUUCUACUAGUGCCAUCUACACUACGUCUGGCGACCAUAAACUGGCUGAAAAUUUCGAUACCAUUACUAUUGAAAACUUACAGGCUUUUUUUCCCAAAGACUUGACCAGCUUGGACUUUUAUCAAUUCGUAGGAAAAUUCAAGGAAUUCGGCAAUGACAUCGAGUCUAUCUAUUUUCCAAUAGUGGGCACGAGUUCUAGAAGUCAUCAGCCGGUAGAGUUGCAAGAAAAUUCUCCCACGCCCUUAAAGUGCUUGGAUUAUGGUUACGUUCAAUUUAAGUCGUCUCAGAACUUAAUGGAAAAUACUUUACGUAUUCUUUACUAUCUUAACAAUUUGACCUGGGACGAAUUUAAUGAACUCGAUACAGCAGCAUUAAAACCGUUAUUGUCGUCCGACGAUAGGCCUGAAGAUAACGGACAGCUGGAUACUAACGCUGUUAAGGUCACCAUAGCACAACAUAAACAUAACCAUUAUUUGUACAACAACGCAAACAACUUCUAUUUAUCAUGGAGUGCAGAAAAUAAUGUUGCCAUCAGUUAUCCUAAUCCAGUAUUAAUUAUCAAUCAAUACACCAAGCAGAACAAUUUCCAGGAGACUAACAUAUAUGUUAAUAACCUUCCUGUGGUAUUUAACAAUGAUGACACCCUUUGGGAACUAUUCUGGGAACAAUUUGGAAAGAUCAAGUCUGCCAAAAUUAUCAAGCCAGAAUAUUACUCGAUUGAUAAUGAAGGUAAAUCCUGUAAGAGUGGCAGGAUUGGGUUUGUCUUCUAUGAAUCGUUUCAAAUGGCGACUAGGGCUAUCUUAUUGACCAACAAUAAAUUAGUGAAUAUGAAUGGCACAUCACAUCCUAUUUUGAUUCUGUCUUCAUUUGCCAUCCAGAAAUCCCAUGGAAAAUCACCAAGUUACCCUGCACAAAUUCCAAUAAUGCCCAGUCAUAGUCCUAUCUCAUUGCAUAAUAUUUCUAUUCCCCAAUCCAUCCCUAUUCCUCCUGAGGGACGUGGGAGUCAUAAACAUGUAGUUCCAGUCUAUGCUCCAUACGUGAUGGUUCCUCAGGUUCCGUACUACAACCCCUACUAUUAUGCACCUCAGGUUGCAGCACUGUAUCCGCACAGUGCUUAUUCUUCAUAUCCUAGCGGCAACAUUAAUAGCAACAGUAAUCGUAGAAAGGAACGGUCUCGUUCUAACGAACACUCAGGAGAAAGCUACUAUUCAUAUGAGCAUCGGACGUACCAGGGAUACCGCUACGAGGACUCGUACGACGGAAAAAAUCACUGAGAUCGAUUCUUCAGCGCCGCUACUAGCUUACACUCUUUUCUUUAUUCUAGACGAUUGAAUGACACUUCUUGUAUAUAUUAAAUGUGUUAAUAGAGCAAAUUUUGUUGAGUUUUUUU